ACCCUCUUAUCACAACAUCAUCCACACCUCCAUUUUCUCUCUCCUCUCUCCAUUCUUCGAACUCUCUCUUUCUUUCUCGAUUCUUCUUAUCACCAUUAACAACAAUAACGAAGAAGAAGCUCUGAUCAUCAAUGGCGACUUUUACAGCUUCUUCUCAAUCUCUCUUCCUCCUCAACCCUAAAACCCCUUUUUUCUCCCCUUUCUCUAUAACCCCUAAACGCACCGUUUCAUUCCCCGCUACUCUCUCUCCUCUCAAAAUUAGGGUUUCAUCUUCUUCAAUUUCAUCAACUACAUCUUCAUCCCCAACUCUACCCUUCAACAAUUCCCCAAUUUCAACUUCCACUCGCACAAUUUCCUCCAUCUUCGCAACCCUAAUCGCGGUUUCGAAACUUCUCACCACCAAAUUCCACUCAAUUGCUACUUCAAUUUCAACUUCAACUUCUCCUACACUCGAAGAAUUGCAGAAACUCAACUUAUUAAAAUCAAACUUACUAUGUUCAGUGGGCCCCCUCUUUUUCGCCGCCUUAACAGACCGUCCAAGGGGUUCUUUGAAUACUCCAUUAACAGUUGUUGCUGCUGGAAUGGCGAAAUGGCUUGAUAUUUACAGUGGUGUUUUAAUGGUUAGGGUUUUACUCAGUUGGUUCCCUAAUAUUCCAUGGGAUAGACAACCAUUGUCGGCAAUUAGGGAUUUGUGUGAUCCUUAUUUGAAUUUGUUUCGGAAUAUUAUCCCUCCGGUUUUCGAUACGUUGGAUGUUAGCCCGCUCUUGGCGUUUGCGGUUUUGGGAGUUCUUGGUUCUAUUUUGAGCAGCAGUUUUUGAUCGUGGUGAAGAAGGUGGAAUGUUUCAGCAACUCGUAAUUGUAUGGUAUUGUUAAAUUUUUGUUAUAAGAUUGAACUUUUGCUUUUUCUGUAGUGAGUAGUUAGUUUUAAAUUAGAACGAAAAUCGUCGAAUUAUUGAGGAAAUAUGAGCUUAUAUAAAUGCCAUCUUUAGUAUUAUUGUUCUGGUGGGAUAAUAUCCUGUUUAUCUAUACUCUGAUGAUAUAGAAGAAUUUUGCUGUA